GCCAUGGAGCGCGCGCCGCCCGACGGGCCGCUGAACGCGUCGGGGGCGCUGGCCGGAGAGGCGGCGGCGGCGGGCGGGGCGCGCGGCUUCUCGGCCGCCUGGACCGCGGUGCUGGCCGCGCUCAUGGCGCUGCUCAUCGUGGCCACGGUGCUGGGCAACGCGCUGGUCAUGCUCGCCUUCGUGGCCGACUCGAGCCUGCGGACCCAGAACAACUUCUUCCUGCUCAACCUCGCCAUCUCCGACUUCCUCGUGGGGGCCUUCUGCAUCCCACUGUACGUGCCCUACGUGCUCACCGGCCGCUGGCCCUUCGGCCGGGGCCUCUGCAAGCUGUGGCUGGUGGUGGACUAUCUCCUCUGCACCUCCUCGGUCUUCAACAUCGUGCUCAUCAGCUACGACCGCUUCCUGUCGGUCACCCGAGCCGUCUCCUACCGGGCCCAGCAGGGCGACACGCGGCGGGCGGUGCAGAAGAUGGUGCUGGUGUGGGUGCUGGCCUUCCUGCUGUACGGGCCGGCCAUCCUGAGCUGGGAGUACCUGUCUGGCCGCAGCUCCAUCCCCGAGGGCCACUGCUAUGCCGAGUUCUUCUACAACUGGUACUUCCUCAUCACGGCGUCCACGCUCGAGUUCUUCACGCCCUUCCUCAGCGUCACCUUCUUCAACCUCAGCAUCUACCUGAACAUCCAGCGGCGCACCCGUGUGCGGCUGGACGGGGCGCGCGAGGCGGCCGGCCCGGAGCCCCUGCCUGAGGCCCAGGCGCCCCCCUCGCCCGCCGCACCCGCCGCGCCCGGCUGCUGGGGCUGCUGGCGGAAGGGGUGCGGGGAGGCGGUGCCGCUGCACAGGUACGGGGCUGGGGGCGGCGCGGCGGCCGAGGAGGCCGGGGAGGCGGCGCCCGGCGCAGCGGCCUCACCCCCCUCCAGCUCGGGCAGCUCCUCCCGGGGCACGGAGCGGCCGCGCUCCCUCAAGCGGGGCUCCAAGCCCUCGGCGUCGUCGGGGUCGCUGGAGAAGCGCAUGAGGAUGGUGUCGCAGAGCAUCACGCAGCGCUUCCGGCUGUCGCGGGACAAGAAGGUGGCCAAGUCGCUGGCCGUCAUCGUCAGCAUCUUCGGGCUGUGCUGGGCCCCCUACACGCUCCUGAUGAUCAUCCGCGCCGCCUGCCACGGCCACUGCGUCCCCGACUACUGGUACGAGACGUCCUUCUGGCUGCUGUGGGCCAACUCGGCCGUCAACCCCGUGCUCUACCCGCUGUGCCACCACAGCUUCCGCCGCGCCUUCGCCAAGCUGCUGUGCCCCCAGAAGCUCAAGGUCCAGCCCCACGGCUCGCUGGAGCACUGCUGGAAGUGAG